AUGGCGUCGGAGAUGAGCAAGGAUGUGAAGUUCUCCGAGGAGGAAGUCACCUCACACCCGCGCGUUCUCGAAGGUGAGGAGCAGGCGGUUGCGCCGGCGCGGCAGUCUUCCAUCUUCGCGCUGACGCUGGACGAGCUGCAAUACUCGGUGUGCGAGGCAGGGCGCAAUUUUGGGUCCAUGAACAUGGACGAGUUCAUGAGCAACAUAUGGAAUGCCGAUGAGUUCCAAGCAGCGACCGGCGGUGGCUUGGUGGGCAUGGAGGUGGCUCCUGUGGUAGGUGCUGGUGGGGGCGGAGGUGGCCUUGAUGCAGGAGGAAGCAACCUAGCCCGGCAGGAGUCGUUCUCCUUGCCUCCCCCGCUGUGCCGGAAGACGGUGGAGGAGGUGUGGGCUGAGAUCAACAGGGAGCCACGCCCGGUGCAUGCCCAGCCUCAGGCCGCGCGACCCUCACAGCAGCCUCCUGUCCAGCCAUCGGUUCCGGCCAACGACCGGCAGGGGACCCUAGGCGAGUUGACAUUGGAGCAGUUCCUUGUCAAGGCCGGCGUGGUCCGGGGAUCUGGCGCCGGCGGCCAGGCGCCUGUGCCGGUCGGCAUGGUCCAUGGACAGAUGAACCCCGCACAACAGGGGCAGCAGCCUGGCCCAAUGAUGUACCCAAUUGCACCAGCCAAUGGCAUGUUCCCGGCGAUGGGCGACGGCAUGGGGUUCAUCCCCAAUGGGUAUGCAGGGAUGGUUGUGGUGCCGCCGCCACCACCUCCUCAAGGUGGGGUAGUGGGUAUCGUGAGCCCCGGGUCGUCGGACGGGAGGAGCGCCAUGACGCAGGCUGACAUGAUGAACUGCAUGGGCGAAGGAGCGAUGAUGGAGAAUGGCGGCACCCGGAAACGCGGUGCCCCAGAGGAUCAGUCUUGCGAGAGAAGCAUCGAGCGCCGCCACCGCCGCAUGAUCAAGAACCGUGAGUCAGCGGCACGAUCGCGUGCUAGGAAGCAGGCUUAUACCGUGGAGCUUGAAGCUGAACUGAACCACCUCAAGGAGGAGAACGCUCGUCUGAAAGCCGAGGAGAAGACAAUUCUGCUGACCAAGAAACAAAUGCUGGUGGAGAAAAUGAUAGAACAGUCCAAAGAGAACGUGAACGCCAAGAAGGGUGCCCCCCUCUCGCGGCACUGCGGCAGCUGCAUCUGGUGA